GUCGCCGGAAAAAGAAGAAGAAAAAGAAGAACUGCAACAAAAAAGAUAACAAUAAUAAAGGUCUCCCCAGCAUUAUGAACUGAACUAAGCGAAUAAUGGAGCUGAAGCUGGACAUGCUGAACGUUUGCAGGACAUGCCUGCAGGAUGGCGACGCCCAAAUGGUCUCAAUUUACGAGCGAGCGGACGACAAGGAGCGCGGCGGCACUUUACUUUGUGAGAAACUCGAGAGUUUCAGUGGAAUUCAGAUAACCCGCACGGACCAUCUGCCCACCAGGAUUUGCCUCAAGUGCAAGGCCUUUCUAAUCCUCGCCCACAAAUUCCGGCAGAUUUGCCAGCGCUCCCAUGACUUCCUCAGUGAAUAUGUGGUCAAAGAUGUAGAGGAGCCGGCUGUGGUUGUUUCAGAAUCUUCCCCGCCACCUGUGGCAACAGAACAGUUGGAGCAACUAGAGGUGGAGGUGCUAGAUGAAGCUGUUUGGGCCGACGACGAACAAGUCGAAGAUGUGGCAGCACCGCUGGAGAAGGAGAGGCCAGUGGUGUUGGCUGUGGAAACAGUUCCUGCGCCAGCCAUAAUCAGUAGCGUCAAACUGCAUGUGUGCGAGAUUUGUGGUAACGGAUAUCCCAGGAAGAGCACCUUGGACACGCACAUGCGAAGACAUACCAACGAACGGCCUUUCGAAUGCGAGAUCUGCCACAAGAGCUUCCACGUCAACUACCAGUUGAUGCGCCACAUACGCCAGCACACGGGAGCCAAGCCCUACAAAUGCCAAUAUUGUCAACGUUGCUUCGCGGAUCGCACUUCCCUUGUAAAGCACGAAAGAACCCAUCGAAAUGAGCGUCCCUAUGGUUGUCAGACUUGCGGCAAAACCUUCACUUACUCUAGCGUCUUGAAGGAGCACUACAAAACGCAUACGGGCGAGAAGCCUCACACGUGCAAACUCUGUGGCAAGACCUUUGCUCGAACCCACAAUCUGGUAGCCCACAUGCAGACCCAACAGCAUUUAAAUGAUCCCCGAACUGCUGGCUAUCUAAAUACGAUCAAGUCGAGCACUACUGUAACGGUUGUACAAAAAUAAAUAUAUGUGGAUAUUAAAAA